AUGGGCAGCACCCCCUUUUCCAGGAAGGCAANAACAGGUCCUGGGGCUGGUGCCCAAGUCUCUGACACCGCAUCAUCUUCCACGACAUCCGCACUCACAACGGGCACACAACAAGCUUCGUCGUCACAACCUCCUGAGCUUAGUAGGUCUUGCCUCAGCUACCCGGAAGACCCUUUCUUGACCUCCUCACUUCCUCUUCUUGCAGACGAAACCAAGCUGGAACGCCUGUCACUACAGCCGAAGGAGACGGAAGCGGCCAGACCCGCACCAUCUUCUUCAUCAACACCGGCAGCAUCGUCUUCGUCACGCGUACGCUCCCACUCGGACGCCUUUUCCACCUUCCGCAAACCGGCAGCACCACGUCCCAGCCCGCGAGCUUCUUCUUCGUUCGGAGCUACGCCAUCCAAACGUGUGCGACCGACAGAGACACUUCAGCAGGGAAUUCAACCUCAUCCCGCCUUUCCACCACGCUGGGUCGACACUCCGGACGACUAUAGAAGCCCAUUCGCCGAUCUCCAUCCGUGGGGCCAGUACGUGACACCCCGUCGACGUGUACUUCAGCCAAGAGAGAACGAACUGACAGCGGCUCUCCCUCUUCACGUCUACCGCCAGAUCCCUCGAAAUGGUUACUUCGCCAGUCGCUUCGUCCGCUCACUCUUUCCUCGUCGCUUCGUGGGAUCACCUUCUUCGACGAACCGAGUGCCAGUAAUGGAACUAAUGCAAUUCGAGGAUAUUGUCGCUUUCCGGCAGCAUGCGAUUGAAUUAAUCGACGACUUACUCAACGGUAGCUUCCGCGACGACACCGACGAUAUUCGGCGUAUGCCAUCAGCCCUCAAAGGUGUUACACCCGCGUCCUCAUUGGCACCUCCUUCAGGCGAAGACCGUCACCCGGUCCUAUAUCAAGUCGUCGCUCUUGGAUACGGACAAGGAGUUAUUUUAGAAGCCAAGGACUUUUUUAUACCUGGACCCAACCAUCGCGAGCUCCACUGCAUUCCAUUAACUCAAGACUCCAUCAACGUUCACUCCAACACUCGCGGAUUCGACGUAUCGCAGAUCUCCAUCAAGGACUUGGUCUGGGUUCUUUCCUUGCGUCCCACUCCCGCCGCUCUCCGUAGCCGCGACAGAGAACGAACGUUGAGACAAGCACGUUUACCUCGAGCAUCUCGCUUCGACGUUAGUCUCCCCUACUUCUUCCGCGUCCACGAAUACACCUGGGUUACGCCGUCGACAGCAGAACACCAUCUCUUAGGAGUCGUGCUUGCAGUCAAUCGACGAGGACAGUUCGGUCACGUCAACAACAUCCACGUCGCGUUUCAAGGAUGCCCGGAAGCAGUACGCGUACCUCCGACACUCUGCAAUUUCGAUCUCGACGAUGUCGAACGGGACAAUUUGCUUCUUGGUGUAGCGCGCACAAACGUAUCCUGCGCUAUGCGCUUCUGUGUUCCAGCGGUAUCGGUGAUGGCUCAACGCGCCCUGGUAAACGCUGUCCGCUACUUCAUACCGUCACAUCCCGAGGAGGCUAUGCUACCUUUACGAGUUUACCGCCCAACGCAAGAAGAACUGGACUGGAUAGCAGAUCGUUUAGACGAUUUUCGAAGCUACAGAAGCGACCCAAUCACGGCUCCUCUACGUAUGGGUACAUUUUUCGCAGCAGCAAGUGCCGCCUUAGCGGCUCAGGCAGUCCUUAUGGACGACAGACAGACACACGAGGUCGUAGCAUUCGUUCCGAGUAUGACAGCCCUCCCACUUCGGCUCCAGAUCGAACUGCACAGGAUGACGUCCGAAUCCGGCUGGUCACGCGGACGUCCAGUCGACAUAUGGAUCACCAACUCAUCCAUGGUGGCACGGACCACAAUUGCUCGGACUUCACUCAAUUUCACCGGCCAGGUACUCAGUGUUCCAUUCCAUUCCGAGCCAAGAACUCACCGCGCCGUCUACCGCGCAAUCGAACGUUACGGAUCCGUCGACCGCAACACCAAUAGCGCACAAGUUCACGUGAGCGCCCGUUUGUGUCGAGCAACUUCCGGAACAGAACCGUUGUUCGAGGUCCUCGCAAGUGAGAAUCUGUUUGGGAACAUCCCUGGAAUAUUGGUCAUCGCAACCGCCUCCACGAAUGUGGCGGUAGCCCAGUUCGCUGACACACUUCUUCAGCUAACUGACUACCAACACUUGCCUGCCGUUCGAUUCGUCGCGGACACCGCCCAAUUUUCCCGACGCAUUCGGUCCGAGAGAUGAGGAACGUCUUAGAGCAUAUGCCCAUGGACGACGACUUAUCGAACGACUACUUUUCAAUAGUGCCGACACAGUUAAUCUCACCGAUGAGGAACGCGAAGAAUUUAGGAUCGCUGAGGACGAGAACUUUUGUAUCACAACGUCGUCACUACUCAAAUCGACGCGCCCAGGCGGCCUUUUCCACGAGUUGCUGGCCAGUCCAACGAGGAGGAGGCUCGAUGCUGCGUAGAUCUUGUUUGUGCGUUAUUGGCGAAGGGCAUUGCGGCCGGGCUCCCCGAUGGAGCUGAAGACGACGACCUCGACCCACCUCGGGUCCGAAGAGGCUCGGCACCUCAGUUAUCCGACACCUGUAUUAUUCUGUUAUUGCUUGCACGAUAA